AUGAAAAUAUUAAAUAUUGUAUCAAUUGUAAAUUUUUUUCUAUUUUUUAGUCUGAGUUUCAAAAAAUAUAUUAAAGAGAAUUCAAAUAGUUUUAAUAAUAAUGUUUUAGUGAAAAAUAGACAUUUAGCUGCUACCCCACAGCAAACUGCCAACACAGCAACUGGAGCUGGGGAUGGAACUGCAACUGCAUCUGGGGAUGCAGGUAGAACAGCUAAUGAAGGAACACCUGGUGCUAAAGCAGGAACCAAUAAUCAAGGUGGCACUCCACCAAAUACACAAACAGAUUGUAAUGAUGGAAGAGGUACUGGAGAAGGAUGUGAUCAAACUCGCAAUGAACAAGCAGAUGGAGGUAGGGAAAACGAAGGUCUUGAACAUAUGGAGGAAUUACAAGAAGAGCCACCUGUUGAAGGAAGAGCUGAUAAUGGUGCUUCAAUUAAUAAGUUUUUCUCAUUAUUAUCUGCUACUGCUAUUUUUGUAUUAGUUUUACUUGUGUAA